AUGGCUGCUCAGUUCGGCAACUACGUGGACUAUAGUGGGGCCAAGCCUCCUGCCUCAGCGACUCACGUUCGCGACCCACGUCUGCACAUCCUGGCGGCGACGAUUCCGGAGAUCUUCGCCAACAAGCACAUUCUCGACAUCGGCUGCAAUGCUGGCAGCGUUUCGAUCCAACUAGCCCUCGAUUUCCACGCGGCUGCCGUCACUGGCGUCGAUAUCGAUCCCAAGCUGAUUGCCCAGGCCGAGAAGCUCCUGGCCUUGCGCGCUUCCCGUGCAACACCCCCCACGAGUUGCGACCCACCCGUCGUCGACUACUUUCCCAUGUCGGCCGUGCUCACUUAUGGCUACCGGAUUGAACCGCACCGCAAGCCUGUCCACACGUCUUCCGCUGCGUCAGCUGCCUGGCCGCGUGUAACCUUCUUUUCUGCAGAUUGGGUCCUGCCCUCUGACCAAGAUGCUACCGACUCAUACCAUGUCAUCCUGGCAUUAUCCGUCAUUAAAUGGAUCCACCUCAAACAUGGAGACGCUGGUCUGACGACGUUUUUCACAAAGUGCUCAUCGUCUUUGAAACCGGGCGGCUACCUAGUCAUCGAGCUCCAGACCUGGGACUCAUAUCAAAAGGCCAUUCGCCCCAAUCAUGCUCCGCAUUUCCACGAGACCCUCAAGGAGCUGCAACUACGGCCAGAGACAUCGUUUGACACUCUCCUUGCCAAUCACGGUCUGCACCUCUGCGCUUCGUCGGACGCACUCCCUCGUCGCAUCAAUGUCUAUCAAAAGGCCUAA